UCACAGUGAACACAGACUCAGACAGAAACAGAGAAACUCUCUCACUGGCUCUCUGUCGCACCAACAUCAGGUUUUUCUAACAACUUCUUCCUGAACCUGAGAUCUGGAUCAAGCUCGCUGCGGGGCCGAGGAGGGGUCAUGGAUCCGAUCGUGGAAGUGGUGGCUCUGGUGCUGGGCUUCGUGGGCUGGGUGAUGGUGGGCAUCGCUCUGCCCAACCGCUACUGGAGGACGUCCACGGUGGACGGGAACGUCAUCACCACCUCCACCAUCUACGAGAACCUCUGGAUGUCGUGUGCCACCGAUUCAACCGGCGUUCACAACUGCAGGGAGUUCCCUUCGCUGCUCGCUUUGAGUGGUUACAUCCAGGCGUCUCGAGCCUUGAUGAUCACAGCGAUAGCGAUGGGAACCUUGGGCCUGGUUCUGGCUCUGAUCGGGAUCCAGUGUUCCAAGGCUGGAGGGGAGAACUAUGUUCUCAAAGGGAGGUUCGCCGGAGCUGCAGGAGUCCUGUUCUUAAUUCAAGGAAUGUGCACCAUGGUCUCAGUGUCCUGGUACGCCUUCAACAUCACUCAGGACUUCUUCAACCCUUUAAACCUCGGGACCAGGUAUGAGAUAGGGGAGGGGCUCUACAUCGGCUGGUGCUCGGCGGUUCUGGCCAUCGCUGGAGGAGCCUGUCUCACCUGCUCCUGCAAGAUGGGCACAGAGGAAAAAUACCCGUUGCCAUACCAACCCAGAGGAACUGUUUAUUCUGGACCUGCACCGACCAGAAGCGUUGCUGCCAGCACCUACGGCCGAAACGCCUACGUUUGAGCGGGAAUUAAACUUUCUCACACACACAAAAAAAAAUCAAAUUUCCUACAAAUGUCUGGGGUAAAGUUUUUCCUCUGAUGCCUCCAAUGUCCAUUUUUUACACUUCAGAUUACGAUUUUUUGUCAAUGUGGAGGAGUUGAAGGUCUAAAUAUCGCCACUCUGUAUAUAAUCACAAGUGUGUUUUCUGUUUUUCAUGAUGAAAUGAUAACAACGUUCAACGUUUGCUUGCAGUGAUUCUAUUUAUGUCAGCACUAAUACAUUCAUGUACAUACAGACUCUUAUUUUGAAAGGAAGCCAAUCAUUUGAUUGUCAAAACUGUGAUGAUCCAGAUAUUCGUGUGUGUUGUUUUGUACAGUUUUAUAGAUAAAACAUGUGAACGAAGACGGGGGAAAAGUGGAGGACUUUAUUUUGAAGGUUUUUUUAUUUUUACAAAUUGCACACAAUAAAAUGUUUUAUGAUAAA